AUGGUAUGUAACCUUUGAUCCCACGACGUCUCCAUCGGUGAAAUCAAGCAAAAUCCAGUUUAUCUUGUUGAACCCCAUCCCAUCCAACUCAAAAGAGUCAAGGAUAACACGAAUCCCUGGAAAACUGUUUUGGAAUGCACACUCAGAUUGCAGGCAGUUGACAAACCGUCAUAUAUGAAAUCACACCAAUAAUUAAACGAUAUGUAGAUGUAAACGUCACUGAAACACUAUUAUUAAACGUUAUUUAAUUUCUACUUUUUUAUUCACCACGUUUUUGGGAUGAGAACACAUUCUAUACAUCUAAAAACGAAGUUUACUAAAUUAGAGCUAUUUCUGUCGUUUUCGGGAUAUUGCGCUUUUCAAAAUAAAUCGGUAUUUCUAAACAACGCAACACUGCCUUGAAUAUUUCUUUUAUGUUUUUAAUUCUUUUGGACAUGUACUUAGUUAACAUAGGCAUUGGACUCAUUAAAUGAUGUCGGUUUGCCAGUGAUAGGCAAUCAUUCGUAAAUUUCGACACAUUUCAUGAGUAAGGUCACUAACUGUACACUGACCAGGAUUUUACACAACAAUAUUGCUUAUGAUGAGUAAUAAGCGCUUAACUGGAGUCUGCUUUUUUGAGAGGUCGACGCGCUGCCGAGUCUUGAAGGUUAUCCUACCUGUUCAGACGUUUUGGAGAAUGAGGCUCUAAGCUGACCGCCUAUGGUAACUUGGUUUCCACUUUGACCUGAACUCGAAGCCAUUCCAUGCUUGUUCAACCUAUCACCUGCCCAGCCUAAUUUGUCCUGUCUUCUCCCUACAGAGAUUUGCCCUGGCGAAUGUGGCCAAAGGUGGUGGUGUUGAGAACGUCUCCUAUUACCGGGACAUCACCUGCAAGUUUAUGGGCAUCCAGAACAUCCACGCGAUGCGUGCCUCCCAAACCAAAUUCAUGGAGGCCUGCUAUUCGCAAUCGGACAAGAAUUGGUUCAAGAUGAUCCAUGAGAGCCAGUGGCUGCUUCAUCUGCGUCUUCUCCUUCUGGCGGCCAAGGAGGUUGCCGAACAGGCAAGUCAGCCGUCUGUCUCCUUCAUCACCCCCACCCGCUGCCCCAUCUUCACGACGGCCUUGAUUGGGUUCAGUUCAGUUUAG